AUGAUUAACAUUUGUGUAAAUGUAUGGAAGAGAUUCAGCUCACUUACACGUGCUCCCAGAGGAUCAGCAAAUGGUAUUACUAAAAUAAGUGAAGAGGUUGAAAUGAAGAAUGUUUUGCUCAGAGCUGGAGACCAGUUGAAAGUCCAAGGGAAGAUCCAUGCUGAUGCUAAAAGGUUUCAGAUUGACCUGGGUUCCAGUGAAUUGGCUCUUCAUUUCAACCCUUGUUUCUAUGAUGAUAAUGCCAACACAGCAGUGCUGGUGUGUAAUUCACAGUCUGGUGGUAUCUGGGACCAGGAGCAAAGGGACACGCCCAACCCUUUUCAACCAGGCUCUACUUUUAAAGUUGUAGUUAAGCACACAGGAAAAGUAUUUGAGGUGAAGCUACCUGACGAGCAGGCGACUGAGCUCCCCAGCCGACAGGGGGUGGAGGUCAUCAGUUCUAUUCAUGUCAAGGGUGACAUCAGCCUCACCGCUUUCAAGAUGUACUGAGAAAAGCAACAUUUCUGCAAAAUUCAAACAAAAACAAUGUUAGAAGUCUAUUGUAACAAAAUGAAAUGGCAGACUGUCUUUUCUCUUUCAUAGGCCAAGCAGCCCCAUCUGGUGGGCAAAACAUGUAGUGCUACCCAAAUGAGGCCCUAAUAAAACAUUUCACUGAAAAUGACCUUCGUGCCACAAACAAACUUAAUUGAAUACAAAAAAGUAUGUAAUGAAUACAGUAUAAAUGAUUUAACCCUCAGUGACCAAAACAUUGUUGAUGACAUUUUUUCAAUAUAUUUUUAGAUUUCAAAAUGCAACCAUGGGUUACA